AUGGACUGCCAAGUUGAGGCGGAAGAGAAAGAUGCUGAGCAAAGUGGCGAGGAACUCGCUAGGAAGAAGAUUGGGCUCCCGCCAUGGUGUAUCUACAUCGCCUGGUUCCUAGCCUUCGUUGUGUCGUUUGUGUCGUCGUUCUUCGUGGUGCUGUACAGCAUUGAGUGGGGCUACAAGAGGUCGGAGGAGUGGUUCAGUGCAUUUGCGAUGUCUUUCUUCCAGUCGGCCUUCGUCGUUGAGCCAGCAAAGAAACUACCGAAGGAGAACAAGGUCCGCCUGGCGACCGCCCGGAGCCACCGUGAGAAGCAGAUCCGCAUGAACCGGAUCAUCUACGAGACUCUGUCCCUCCUGGCCUUCGUCAUCGUGCUCAUCGUGGUGACGGAAGUGGACCGGGACCAGAACGCCUUCUACUUGGACAAGUCCCUACGGGGGACUUUCGUGUCAGGAAUGGACAAGGUGAAGACAGCGCAGGACUUCUGGAAGUGGACCGAGGCUGUCCUGCUGCCUGGCGUGUACUUCAACACCUGGUAUAACGGCGCUGUGGGGACUCGGGCGGACCGGCUACAUCUGCACCACUCCACCGCGUACCGGUUCCAGCCGCCCCGCCUCCGCCAGAUCAGGAUCAAACCCGGUCAUUGCGUGAAGGAUGACUCCAUCAAAUCUCCCAAGUGCAUCUCCGAAUUUUCAUGGAACAUCCAAGAAUCGGGCGACUUCUCAGCCGGAUGGAGGCCCCGAGAUCCGGAGGACAACUCUACGGGACCAUGGUCUUUCCGCCCCGCCUACCAACUGAAGGGUCUACCGGCGUUUGGACAACUUUCGUCCUACCCUGGUGGUGGCUACGUAUCUGUCAUGGGGAAGUCCAAGACUUCGACGAUGAAAAAGAUUGAGGUACUGAAGAACAAUACCUGGAUCGACCGAUACACACGGGCUGUCAUGGUGGAGUUCACUGUGUACGCGGAGGGAACCAACCUACUGAGUUCGGUGAACUUGAUGUUCGAGCUCAGUACGACAGGAGCGUUCUUUCCUCACUCGACAAUCGCAACAUACCGCCUCUUCAACUACGAAGGAAGCCGUGGGAUCGUGGUGUUGGUGUUCCAGAUGCUUUUCGUGACUCUGCUAGUGUACGUGGCCAUAAGAGAAUUUGAGAAGGCGAAGAAACUUAAAGGAAAGUACCUCCAAGACUCCUGGAACUUUUUGGAGAUCGCCACCAUAGUCGGCGGGUUCGUGGCUGUUGUGAUGUACGGGGUUCGGGAGGCGUUCUCUCAGGCGGCUUUGACGGAGAUCAAGAACAGCCGCUACACUGACGAAGACGUGUUUGUAAACUUCCAACACAUUGCCUACUGGGACGCGAUCUACCAUUACGUCGUGGACUUCGUGGUUUUCAUCAACAUCAUCAAAUUCGUCCGUCUGCUCCGCUACAGCCGACGUAUGUGCGUCAUGGUCACAGUUCUGUCCACCAUGCGCACAGAGAUCCUCAUGUUCUUCAUUCUCCUCCUCUUCCUCUUCCUUUCUUUUGCUCAGUUGCAGCAUCUUCUCUUAGGAUCUCACGUAGCAGGUUUCAGGUCUGUUGGGCAGUCCUUUGUGCAUCUUUUUCCCUCGCUGCUUCGCCGGUACAACCUGGAGGAAAUUCUGGAAGCUGAGAUCAUCAGCGUUGCUUUCUUCGCCGUCUUUUUUGCCGCUUCUUUUCUGAUGCUUGUCAACCUUUUGCUAAGCAUCAUGAGGAGAGCAAUCACCAUAGUGAAACGACAGAUAAAACUGGAGCAGUCGCGUGAUCUGGAGAUGGCUGAGUUCAUCAGGAACAACAUUCUCUCCUGGCUGCCACUCGUAGACAAACUAUCGCCACCGACACCGGAGGAAGGCCCGAAGUACGUCGACCAGGGGACAUCCUGUGACCUGAUUGACCUUGACCUUGACCUCUUGGCUGCCGCUGAACUUGACUACGUCAUCGUGAAACUCGACCAACUUUUCCCAGAAGCUUCCAGAGUCAAGGCAAGUGGAGACUGUGGCGACAGCGAGCAGGAUGUGGAAAGUGUCAAAGCUGAGAAGAAAGUUGUGAUGGUUGAUAGUUGCAAUUAG